AUGGCCAGCUCGCGCACUCUCCUCCUUCUUCUCCUCUGCCUCAUUCUCGCUUUCUUCCCCGCCUUCUCUCGCGCCACUCUCUCCGCGUACUAUAGCUUUGACGGCGGCCAGUUGGGCGGCCUCAGCGGGUAUUGCCCCAAUGUGGUGCCCCUGGGUUCGAUGUCGAGCUCCACCACGACCAGCUGCAAGUUUGGCGAUUGCCUGCCCAGCGGCGGCACCUUCAACGCAAGGACAGUGAAGAUAUUCCAGGGCAUGGACUCGUCGCAGUUGUCCAUCAGCCUGUGGACCACCAUCUCGAGCACCAACCCCGGCAGCUAUUCGCUGGUCAGCAAGUCGGGCAUGAUCAGCAUCGGUUACGAUGUCUCCUGCCUUCUCGUAAUUUGCACGAGGACGUUCACUGCCACCUACACGUUCAACGCGCAACGCUCGGUCAAGGUCUCUAUCGACAGCCCAUUCAGCUCGGGCAACACCUACCACAUCGCGGCCAUCUACGACUCCUCUGCUUUCUGUGUGUACAUCAACGGCGCCGCGAAGUGCGCGUCCUCCACCGGCGUCUUCACCGAGACCACCUCGACCGACCUCGUGUUCGGCAACUCGUGGCCCGGCACCAUCGACGAGAUCAAGAUUUACGACCACGCUCUGACGUCCGCCGAGCUCGCGGCCCUUCGAAACCCGACCGCCCCCAACGACCAGCCCCAGUUGACGCUCAACAUUGACGGCGAAUCGUUUUCCUCGUCGCUGAGCGUUCCGGCGCUCACCAACUUCACCGCCGUCGCCGAGGUGGUGGACGCCAAGAGGGCCUUCUCUGGUGUGACCCCGAGCGACCCCUCCUUGUACAGCUACGACUGGCAGACGCUCAGCACCAAGUGCGGCAUCGUCGACACGAGCGAUUCGACCGGCCAGUCCACACUCUUCAAACUCCUGAACGUCGGCUCCUUCUCGAUUCGGAUGUGCGUCUCCGACGGCGAGGUGGCGAGCGAGAUCGUCAUUUCUGCCUUCGUGACGGCCAGCUUCCCCGUACUGGAAACGGAGGCGCAACCGGAAAUCGUGAUUCCAGAGGGUGCGGUCAACUACCCCAUCACCGUCACCGCCUCCGCGAUACCGCCGCCUGCGUUUCAAUGGCAGAAGCUGGCGACGAUCGAAGUCAACACGACCACCAACUCCACGACCAACUCUACCGGCGCGGGAAAGCGUGACGAAGAGUACCAUUCGUUCUGGAUGGACAAGCGAGAGAUCGUCAAUGUCACCGAAUUUGUGGACAUCGACGGGGCCACCACCAACACGCUGCUGAUCAACGGGACUGCGGCGGACAACAACACGAUAAUCCGGUGUAUCAUCUUCAACGGCGGCGGUUCCGUCGUAAGCAGCAAUUUCACCGUCCGCGUCAACGCCGCCCCGGUCGUACCCCCGGACGGCGGUGGAGGAGGCAGCGGAGGUUCGUCUGACUCGACCAACAUUACGAUCAUCGCAGCGGCAGCGGGCGGUGGCGGCGGCCUCGUGGUCCUGUGCUGCCUGAUUCUGGUCAUGGCCGCGCUCAGCUGGGGCUGGAAGCGGGGCCGCUCGCCCUACCGCAAGCUCAAGCAGCCCGACUACGCCCAGAUCGCGUAUGGCGAUGUCAAGAACGAUGUUGUCAUCCCCAAACGUCAAGCCGAUCACUACCUCACCCUGGAGCGACUCAUCAUUGCUCCCGACCUGCGCCUGGCUCACGCCAUUCUCCAGACCGCGAGACACGGCGACUUGGAUGUGGCGUGUCGAUCCCUGCUGCGCGUGUUGGACGCGCACGGCAAGGGCUUCAACUUCAUCGCCGGCUGCAUCUCCUGGGAGGUGGCCGAGGCCAGCGACGAGGGCACCCUCUUCCGGUCCAACAGCAACGCCACCAAGCUGUUCUCCUACUACAUGAAGAUGAUCGGCCUCAAGUACCUGUGGCACGUCCUCGUGCUCUCGGUCCACUCCCUCAACGACAACGCCAUCGAGACGUUCCCCGAGACUGAGUCAGGCACGUUUCCCUCGCCCGCCACGCCACCCGCUCCACCCAAAAGCAAACCGGGGCUCAUGAGGUCCUGCCUGCAGAAAAGGGAUCGAGGGUCGAGGGUCGGCAAGUACCGACUCGACACGGACGACGAGGAAGCGGCCUACUCCUCCAUCUCGAUGGACAUUCUCGGCAUGUCCAGCAUGGAACUGGACCCCGAGAAACUCGACGAGGCGUCGGAUGUGACGAUCAACACGCUCGAACUGUGGCUGAUCGCCCAAAAGAUGUUCAAGCUCAUCACGGCGAGCCAGAAGAACAUUCCGCGUCAGCUUCGCAUGAUCAUGGAGCACGUCCACGACGAGAGGUUCGGCGACACGCCCAAGUUCCGAGCCAUCGGCGCGUUCUACUUCCUUCGACUUGUCUGCCCGGCCCUGCUGGCGCCUCAGGCCUAUGGCCUGCUCGACGAUCCGGCCCACCAGGUGGCGCAGCGACAGCUGAUCCUCGUCUCCAAGGUCCUGCAGAACCUGGCCAACGACACCCUGCCGGGCGCCAAAGAGGCCUACAUGGAGCAGCUCAACCAGUUCAUCAUCACCAACAAGCCGAUGCUCGAGCUCUUCUACAGCCGCAUCGUUGAGGAGGCCAGCAAGGGCAAGCUCGUCGACAGCGACGUGCCGCUCCGGGUGAAGAACGAUGGUCUGAUCAAGCUGCACACGAUCAUCGUCAACAACCUGGCCAUGGUGGAGCAGGCGCUGCGGGAGGACGGCGGGGACGAAGACAUCAUUCACGCCCUCAACUACGUGCUCAAGGAGAUGGGCGAUCUCGAUGGCGAGGGCAAGAACAUCGCCGACGAGGACCUUGGCGACCUUGACCUGUGA